GCACAUCUCACCACUGGCAAAUCGCAGCGUCCCUGUCACAGGGGGAGGAGGAUGCAGCUGAGAGGCGUGAUGCUAUUGGAAGUUUCCCAGAGGUCGGGAAUUGGCUGGGAUCGGGGAACGGCCUGAGACACACAGCGCGUCACGCAGCAGCAGGGAAGUGCUAGUCUGUGGGUGUCUGCAGCUUGGCUCCCAGCUUCCGGUAGUCACCGUUACAGAGCUGCGGAGAGUCCCAGUGACUCCCUGACCGGAGCCGCACAGCAGGGAACUGUACUGGGCCCUUGGAACGGAAAGCUCACAUGCAAAUGCCAUGUAUCACAAAGUGAAUUGCCAGUGAUGGACCCAAGUGUUUAAUAUUAUUAUUAGUAUAAAUACAUCAGUAUGAAAAAUCAUGGAUGAGGAGGAUUGUUUUUAUAACAGAUAACAGAAAAAAAAGCUCUUCUGGGCUUGUUCUAUUGGAGUAAGAGCUUGAAGACUUAACUUGUCAUGGCUGGGGCAAUAGCAUCAAGAAUGAGCUUCACCUCUUUGAAGCGAAAACAGCCCAAAACAUUCACUGUCAGAAUCAUUACAAUGGAUGCAGAGAUGGAGUUUAACUGUGAGGUAAAAUGGAAAGGUAAAGACCUUUUUGACUUGGUAUGUCGUACUUUGGGCCUUCGUGAAACCUGGUUUUUUGGGCUACAAUAUACUAUUAAGGACACCGUAGCAUGGUUGAAAAUGGAUAAAAAGGUCUUGGAUCAUGAUGUCCCUAAAGAAGAACCGGUGACGUUCCACUUUUUAGCAAAGUUUUACCCUGAAAAUGUAGAGGAAGAGCUAGUACAAGAGAUUACCCAGCACCUCUUCUUCCUACAGGUAAAAAAGCAGAUCUUGGAUGAGAAAAUAUACUGUCCGCCAGAGGCUUCUGUGCUUUUAGCUUCAUAUGCUGUUCAAGCAAAGUAUGGUGAUUAUGAUGCCUCUGUACACAAACGUGGAUUCUUGGCUGAGGAAGAGCUUCUUCCAAAGAGAGUAAUAAACCUGUAUCAAAUGACUCCGGAGAUGUGGGAAGAGAGGAUCACUGCUUGGUAUGCAGAGCAUCGCGGACGCACCAGAGAUGAGGCUGAAAUGGAGUACCUGAAAAUAGCACAAGAUACAGAAAUGUAUGGAGUGAAUUACUUCCUCAUAAGGAACAAGAAAGGCACAGAAUUGUUGCUUGGGGUGGAUGCCCUGGGGCUCCAUAUUUAUGACCCUGAAAACAGACUCACCCCUAAAACCUCCUUCCCUUGGAAUGAAAUCCGAAAUAUCUCUUACAGUGAUAAAGAGUUUACCAUCAAACCGCUUGAUAAGAAGAUUGACAUCUUCAAAUUUAAUUCCUCCAAGCUCCGAGUCAACAAGCUGAUUCUACAGCUCUGCAUAGGGAACCAUGACUUGUUCAUGCGCAGAAGAAAAGCAGACUCCCUUGAAGUACAGCAAAUGAAAGCACAGGCCCGGGAAGAGAAGGCUAGAAAGCAGAUGGAGCGACAGAGGCUGGCCCGGGAAAAACAGUUGAGAGAGGAAGCGGAGAGGACUCGAGAUGACAUGGAAAGAAGGUUGUUACAGCUGAAGGAGGAGGCACAAAUGGCCAAUGAUGCUCUGAUGAGAUCAGAAGAAACUGCCGACUUGCUUGCAGAGAAAGCACAAAUCACAGAGGAGGAAGCUAAACUGCUGGCCCAGAAAGCUGCUGAGGCCGAGCAGGAGAUGCAGAGAAUUAAAGCCACAGCCAUUCGCGGUGAGGAGGAAAAGCGGCUAAUGGAGCAGAAGGUACUGGAGACAGAGAUGUUGGCGCUAAAGAUGGCAGAAGAGUCAGAACGAAGAUCCAAAGAAGCAGAACAGCUGAAACAAGAUCUGCAAGAGGCCCGUGAGUCUGAACGCAGAGCCAAACAAAAGCUUCUGGAUAUUUCCAACAAAACAGCCUUUACGCAAGCAGCAGGAACCAGCAGCAGUUCUGUGCCCCCUGUAGAUGUGCCAAGCUUCAGCAUGUUCAGUGACAGCCUGCCCUAUGAUUUCAAGGACACAGAUAUGAAACGCCUGUCCAUGGAAAUUGAGAAAGAAAAGGUAGAGUACAUGGAAAAGAGCCGCCACCUGCAGGAACAGCUGAAUGAGCUCAAAACAGAAAUAGAAUCCCUCAAGUUAAAAGAGCGCGAGAGCGCAAUGGACAUAAUGCAUGAGAAUGCAGGCAGCAAACAAAACACAAUCAAAAAGGGGAGGAGAGCUGUCUGCAUCUGAGCGUGAUCCAUAGUGUGUGCCAGCUAACAUUGCAGAGCACACAGUGCAGAGUAGCCUUCUUUGAGGAAUUGUGAUCCAGUACCUGUCAGCUGCAGACAUCACUGGUCGUCUGGAGAUAUCUAUGGGGGUCACAAUGAAGUACGGAGAUAUGAACACAAGUGUAACAAGGGUAGUCCAUGAAUAACUACCUUAUUUUGCUCUAACCCUUCAGCUCUGUUUUAUGUCUCUUUUGCUACAUGUGCACAGUUACCACUGAAAGGUACAAUGUGAUUGAUUUCAUUUGUUGGUCUGACUUUAUUUUAUAUAAUACAGCGUUUCUCUAUCGUCCUAAGUGGAUGCUGGGGUUCCUGAAAGGACCAUGGGGAAUAG